AGAAAAUGAAAAUUUAUCCAGAGUUAGAUAUUAUUGUAAAAGUUAUAGCGUUAUUUUUUAUAAGCAAUGUGGAAACUUUUUCUCAAGUUUCGAGAGAUAUUUUGAAAGAUGGAUUUCAUAGAGAUCUUGAAACUGAAAUUCUAUUGUCCACAGAAGAUGACCAAGUAUUGGAGACAGAUUGUAAGAUAGUGAUAAUAGAAACUUUACCCAGUGGAGUUUAUGUAGAUAAUUAUCAAAUUAACACAAUUAAUACAAGUUAUCAGUUUUUAUUAGAAGAGGAAGUAGAUAUAGAAGCCCCAGAAUAUUUAUCUUUACCUUUAUCAGUAUAUAUCUAUCAUAAUAAAUCAUCUACUAUUAAUAUUUCACUACCAAUACAUAUACGAUAUCACAGACCAUCUAAUACUUCACAGUAUAAACAGAUAAUUAUACAGUCUCCUGUUAUAUAUACUACAUGUUAUAAUUUAAUAGCUGAAGAAACAGGGAAUAUCAAGUUGCCAUGUGACAAUACUAAAGCCAACAACUGUACCUGGAAGAAACUAAACCAUAAUAAAAUUGAAGAUAUUACAAUAUUAGUUCCAGUUGGAUCCAGUGAUGACAGUUUAAUAGUUACUGUUAUAACAUUACUAGUGACUGUUGGUGGUUGUGUAUUUAUUAUGUUGAAAGUUAUGACUACAGAUACAAAUACUUCUAGUGGAAAACACAAGAGAACUUGAUCAGUAAAUUUUUGCAGAUGUGAAAACUGAUGAUACAGAGAUUUGACACCAAACAACAAGUUUUAAGAAGGAGAACUACUGAGGUUCACAAGGAUCGGGUCUACUAUCUGGUCCUUGGCCAAACUUCUAUGCCCAAUUUACAGCUAGGUUGAGGAAAGAUAUUUCACACACAAAUGAAGAUUAGACCCAAUGACCACCGUUUAUUCAGUGUAAACACAUUGAUACUUUGCCUUUUACUUUGUAGUUUUAUCACAGUUAAAAUUAUAAAUGGUUUGUCAGUUUUCAUAAUGACGAUUUUUGAUUCCAUAAAAUAUUUAACUCUAU